GUUAUUCAAUUUAUUUUAAUAAAAGUAUAUAAGAAUAAUUUUUCAAAUAAAAUUAGAAGAAAUGUGGACACAUCUUUUUAUGUGAUUUGUAAUCCACAAUCUUUCGAUAUUAAACACUUCGUCAGCAAGUUCGUGGAGUGUUAGCAAUUCGCUAUGCAAACGCUUGACAGUUUUAAAUUAUCUUAGUCCAUUAUCUAUCCAGAAGUUUGCACUUUAACUUGUUCCUUCUUAAUAAAUGAUAAUUCCUUUUUGGCGUUAAAUUGCUAAUUGCUUCCAUCAUGUUCGAGCAUUUAAACGUUUAAACCCGCUCGCAUGGAGCUUUCCAACACGAGGUGUCGCUUUAAAUCAAACAAAAAACAAUAUAUCCAUGAAAAGUGAUAAAAUUUUUAUUUUAAUCUAAGGUAAAAGCUUUGAGUUUCCCGGCAAAUAUUGAAAGCAAGAUUUAUGAAAAGGAUUUAAGCCGCAAUGUGUUUGUGAAUAAAUGUUAUAUAAAGAACUGAAAAAAAAAAAAUGAAAUUUCUUUUAGUGUACGACGCUUGCACUGCCACAAGUGGCCUCUCAAAUGGAGAUGCCAACAGCAAAAUAUUUAGCAGACUACCUGCACGUUAUGCACGAAGAUGUGCCAUUCCGCUAUUGCCGGGAAAAAAAGUUCUCAGUGUGUCGUGGUUUGAUUUUGUGUAUUUGCUUAAAUGUAACGUACGCGAACGUAGUUCGUUUCCCCAGAGAAUUGGAUAAGUUUGGUUUGGCAUACCUAGUGCCGUACGUUGUCUUACUAUUUCUAGUUGGUUUACCAAUUGUGUUGUUGGAAAUAUCAAUGGGGCAAUUUUUGGGUCAAGAAGCCGCGCAUACGUGGAGAGCAUCACCAAUAUUUAAAGGGGCUUGUAUAAUUAGUCGUUUUGCAUCCUGGGUCUCAACAGUUUGGUUGUCAUUGCACGCGGUUAUCGCUACGGCGUAUAUAGGAAUGUUUACGUUUAAUUCUAUGCCGUUUAAAGAGUGUAUAGGAAUUUUGCGUAUAUCAUCGGAUGGUUACGCUUUGACCAAUAACAGCGGCCAGGAAUGUUUACAGAAAACAUUUUUAACGCCAUUCUGGGAAAAUCCUUUCUUCUUUGGAGUUUUAUCGAUAGCUUUGUUAGUACUAUGGACAAUCGUAAUGCUAUGCACGUACAACAGCCACGUAUUGCAUCGCAUAUUAUUCAUUAUUGGUUCGCUAGGAGUUUUGUUGUUGUGCAUCAUUACGGUUUGGGAGUUGCACAAUUCUUUGGGCAAAACCGAGCCUUAUUUCCCUCAGCUAUGGCCAUUUACUGAACAGAAUCUCAGAGAUAGCAAUUUAUGGUUUAGCGCUUUGAUGCAAAUUGUAUUUGCUAUGAAUUGCGGCUUUGGUAUACUACCCAUGCUAACGGGAAAGUAUCUGUAUAAAGGCGAUGCUGUGCGCACCUCAGUGAUAUACGUGUGCUUCAAUUUAUUAAUCAGUGCUGUAGCUGUUACCUUAUUUAUAAUACAGUUCGAUCAUUCGGUAAAUGGAUCUUUCCUGAUUGAAGAAUUAAAGCCUUUGACUGCUGUAUACGAUCGCGUGUUGUAUGAUAAAUCGCAUUAUGAGUUAUGCGUAAAGCUUUUGCCCUCGCUUAUUUACACGUUAAUGAUAAUGACAUGUUUCAUGUCAUUAGUAUCAAGUAUUUAUACUGCCGCCCAUUUAGUGCCAAGACGUCCAAAUUAUAUGCUAAGCUUAGCUGGUUUGCUGGCAACCAUUAUAUCGUUUUCAUCGCCUCGAUUUUAUAUAGCGCGAAUUUUGGAUGCCCGAAUCGUGGGAACGAUGGUGAUAACUGCUUUAAUUUUUGAUCUCAUUGCUAUUACAUGGAUCUAUGGUGCGAAGAACAUUUAUAUCGACUUGGAAUUCUCAAUAGGUCGUCCAAUUUUCAAAGGUUGGAUGUGGUUGUGGUAUGUAUGUCCAGCCAUUUUAACGAUUCUUUUAGUUUGGUGGUGUUCAGAUGACGACCAAUACGAUAUAUUGUCGGAGAUAAUGCCCCGUUGGGCUCCGAUAUUGUUUGUGUUAUUUAUUGUAUUUAUAAUAGCAUGUGUGGAAAUUUUCGGACAAGUUGAAUACAAUUUCUUUGGGAUGAUUUGCGAAGCUUCCAAAUCGGCGAAAGAAUGGGGGCCGGCAGAUCCUUUAACACGUUGCGCCUGGAAGCAGUGGCGUUCGGUUUGCCAAGAUACUGGUCAGAGAGAUUUCACUUUUCGGCGUCGUGGUACUAAAGAUUACACACGUUCUAUUAGGAUUGAUCAAUAUACCAAAUAUAAAAAAUAUACGCCUGAAUCUGGUGUAAUCCAGCAGCAGUGGAUAUCUGAUACUAAUUCACCUAAUUACAGCAGACCUGUUUGUGGAAGUUCAAUGAUAGAAAAGGACAUUAGCUUAAGUAAGCAUUUCGGUAUGUCAUCCGCAACUGGCGAUUUUAAGAAAUUACGUUAUUCGCGCUGCUCAUCGAUGCAACAAGUUGUAAAUGCUCACCAACAGAGCCAGCAGAAACAACAAACAUUGGAAUGUCAAAAGCCAUAUAUAAGCUCAUCAGAUAAAUAUAUAGAUACUUGUGCUUCAUCGGCUAAAAUUAUUAAUAAACAUAAUAAAGAAGUUAUGUUUAUUAGACGUUCACAAAACGGCGCGAGUUUGGAUUCUAUACGCGCUGAAAUCGAAUCACCCAAAGAAGGUUUCAUUAACUCUUUCGCGAGAUCCACUGGCUCCCAAGAAAAUAAUGGUAGUUACGCUAACCGCAUUGUCUGUUCGAAGCGGACAAAAAAUCAUUGUCUUUCGAUCAAUGGAUCGAAAUCGUUAUAUUCCAGUAUAAGUGCUCCAAUUGACGUGAACGCGGAACAUAUAUGCUGGAGAAAAUUCGCAAUGGAUCCAAGAGAGUAUUCGACUGAAUUGUGAUUUCCUGCAUAUAACGACUCAAUUUUCUUAUUGAAAAAAAUAAAAUAUGAAAAAAAUAAUUUUAUAAAAUACCGCCUUUACACUUAGUUAAUUAUAUCCACAUUUUAAUCCACACACAUGCACACACACACACA